GGUUUAAAUGAAUCACCAAUCAUCACUUGAGUGAGCAAACCAUCUCUUGCUGGUUUGAUAGUUUGCCACAGUUUUCUAGCAGCUUUCUUACUUAGUAGUUCUAUGGGAAUAAAAUGAAACUCUUCACUACCAAUUUAAUAGCGGUUUUUGUGGUGUUAUCCGUUAGAAGUGCACAUGGGAACUGUAGGGGUCUUCCCGGACAAAGUGCAUUUGGAGUUUAGUGAUGUACUUAAUAAGAACUGUGGCGACUCCUCGUACACUGAUUGGAUGAAGCCCGAAGAUGGUCGGCCUUUCGAAAACCCUUGGCUGAUCUUGUUUCGACAUCCGGAAGAAAGUGAACCAUUUUGCCAAGGAACGCUCAUUACCAGCCAACAUGUGCUAACUUCGGCAAUAUGUUCGGAGGGCAUUGUCAUCAACGAAACAACCGUGGUAGUGGGCGAAUAUGACCGAUCAAUGAAUCCUGAAUGUAACGCAACAAACGGUUGUUCUACGAUGACUGAGCUUUUUGCACUACAUAAAAUAGUGCAUCCGAAUUUCAUCAACGAAUCGUAUGAAUACGACAUUGCUGUUGUAACGCUAAGUGAGAAACUUAGAUACAGUAACAGUGUCAAACCAAUUUGUUUGCCAUUGACUCCUAUCAUACCUUCCAAUGUCCAUACACCAUUGGCGUACAAUGCCCUCUGGCCAGAGAAAAUUGUGCGACCGAAACAAAUUCAAAUGCGUUACAUCCCUCAUCUGGAGUGCCGGAAGUUCACGCAAGAUUUGUUGGCUUUACACGAAGGACAAAUUUGUGCACAAAUGAAGUACCCUGCGAAAAUAAGUCUGAUCGGUGGGUCUGGAUCGCCGCUGUUGACGGAAUUUCACGAUCGCUCAUUUCAGUUCGGGAUACUCUCAAUCGGUAUGCCGGACGCUAGGUCGGUUGAGCCAUUCGUUUACGUAAAUAUUUCUACACACAUUACCUGGAUUCAUGAGACCGUAAUAAAUAGUCAAACUUAAUAAUCACAAAUAUUUUAUUUU